AAGAAACUGAACGGUGUGCCUUCGUGCGCUGGCAAAUAAGAAGGGUAUUUGGCGCAAAAACUCAACAGAGGAGUCAAUUACUGAAAUCACGAAAAAACCAGCAAAAACCUUUCAUCCAUGUCUAUCUACCAUUCAAAACACAGAAAGUGUUGAGACUUUGCGACUUUGAAAAAAGACACACACAAUUCCCAAACCCAUCUCCAUAUCCCUCACUAAUACUAACAGUUGUAAUAUAGGAAGGAAGAGGCGAGCACACUCUCUCUCUCUCUCUCUGUGAAUCAUGUCUCUAUUUCUCUCUCAAUUAUAAUUGGCAAUUCAAUUGCCUCUUUUUCUCAUAAUUUCAUCACAAACAUGUCCUCGGAAUCUUCUGCUACGACGGCGGCAGCGGCUGAGUCCCAUGCGCCGCUCCUCCUGCCCCGCCAGGCGAGCAGCGGCCGCGACUCCUCCGACCUCGGCCCCAUGUGGAACACGGCGUUCGUGGUGGUGUCGGUGGCGAUGCUGAUAUGGACAGACCAUGAGCACCCAAACACGCCGAUCCGGCUGUGGAUCUGUGGAUAUGCGCUGCAGUGUUUCGUGCAUGUGGUGUUGGUGUGGGUUGAGUACCAGAGAAGGAAUAAUAUUGCUCGGAGGAUCAGUAGAAGAAACCAGGACGCCCAGCAGAACCAGCACCAGGUCGAAAUCGAUGCAAAUGAUACCGACGAUGAAGAAGCAGCAGCAGCAGCUAGGGAUUUGGCGAUUUCCACGCGCUCCAGUCUCUCUAAACGAUGCGAAACAGUGAAUACAAUGGCAUCAUUUCUCUGGUGGAUAGUUGGCUUUUAUUGGGUAGUCUCUGGCGGUGAAGUUCUUCUGCAAAAUGCUCCACGUUUGUACUGGUUGGCUGUGGUUUUUCUGGCAUUUGAUGUCUUCUUUGCCAUCUUUUGUGUUGUUCUGGCAUGUUUGAUUGGAGUUGCUCUUUGUUGCUGUUUGCCAUGCAUCAUUGCAAUUCUUUAUGCGGUUGCUGGACAGGAAGGUGCAUCUGAAGCAGAUCUCAGUAUUCUUCCAAAAUACAGAUUUCGAUCGAGCAGUGAGGAAAAAUCUAGUGUUGGAGCAGGGAAAAUGAUUCCAGUAGAAACAAGCAGUGGGUACUUAGCAAUUGAGCGUAUACUUUUACCUGAGGAUGCGGAAUGUUGUAUAUGUCUCAGCCCCUAUGAGGAUGGUACAGAGCUUCACACUCUUCCCUGUAAUCAUCAUUUCCACGCUACUUGCAUUGUGAAAUGGCUUAAAAUGAAUGCAACAUGUCCUCUCUGCAAGUACAACAUUCUCAAGGGAAAUGAACCGGUUUGAAGGAUCAACAGGACAUUGCAAGUGGUUGGUUCUGCACAGAGUGGCGUAUGUACAGAAAUGUCAAGGCAUAAAGAGCAAAGAUUUUAAAUAUUUAUUGAUAUUGAAUUACAGCAUAGUUCACUAGACCUCAUUUUGUCUGUUUUCCGGCCAUUUGGAGUCGUAUUGAUUCUUUCUGUUUUCGUCUGUGCUGUUUCAUGCCUGUGCAAAGAUGGAGAAAAAGAUACAGGCUUCAACAUCUUAAUGUGUUACCUAGGGUUCCUUUCUUAGCAAGGAAAACGAUUGUUUUGCAUAUUUAUUACGUAUUUCUGUUGAUAUGAGGUUGCUAAGAAUGUGUGGUGUAACUCGGUUAUUCGGGCAA